AUGCUGGACAAUAACAGGCCGAAAUGUUGUCGUUUUUCUCAUAGCAGUGUACAAUUUAGCCAGCUGUUUUUAAAUAGAGCGUUUUGUGGACUGUUCACAGUCCCUGGUCUAAAGAUGGAAGGCUUGGAAAUGUCUGCUAUGAUACCUGCACUGCAGGAGCUAGCGAGUGCCACCGCAGAGGAAUACAACAAGGUGGUUCAGAAGCCUCGUCAGAUUCUCUGUCAGUUCAUUGACCGAAUACUGACAGACGUAGAUGUCGUUGCGUUGGAGCUGUCUAAGAGGUCCAGUUCAGAGCCAGCGUGUGUGAUGUUGUUGGACUUUGUUCAGCACAUUAUAAAGUCUUCCUCUCUGAUGUUUGUCAACCCUGCCUGUCAGCUGGCCCACUUCACAGACACACAGCAGAGCAGCACCGAGUUCAGUAGGUGGGUUGUCGGCAGGUUGCUGCGAGUCGCCGCAUCUCCAAGCUGUGACGUCAUCCAUGGGCGUGUCUCGGCCGUGCUCUGCUCCCUACUGCACGCACUCAGACCGCGAGCACCAAUCACCUUCAACGUCAUUGCCAAAGAGAUGCUUGGAUUGGCCCAAGACCUCAGCAAUCUGCUCUACACACACACACACUCACACACCCCAGGAACACAUACACACUCUACAAACACACACACCUUGUGGCCGGUAACCCUGCAGUCUUUCUCUGUCUCUCUCACCCCUUAUCUCACCCCCUCACCCCUCCUCCUCCCCUCGCCUGCCGCCUUGGAAACCCUCGUUGCAGUGACAGUGAACGUUCUGACCGACGCCCUCAGGGGAUUGGCCAGCCGCAGGGAGAUGGGGGUGGCUUGGGAGGCGGGCUGUUUGGUCUUGGCCUAUGGGAGUGCUCGGUUAAGGAAGGUUGCUAUGGUGAUGCUGAGGCGGUUGGCGGAGAUUGGUGGGUUCCCGGAGAGGCGGAGUCAGGAGUUUUUUACAGCAUACCUGAUGCUGCUGGACACACACACACCUGAGCCAGAGACAUAUGGGGGAGAGCUGCUGAAACUGACGCAGUGUGUGUUUGGAUCUGCGCACACACCUGCUCACACACACACACGUUUUGAGCGUACCCACCUGGCCCAGCUGUUGGAGCGUGUGUGUGUUCUGGCAGGGGCGGGCUUAGUUCUGGAAUUAGAGGUCAGCCAAUCGCUGAGCUUUGUCUUUAACUUCCUGUUGUCCGUUCCACCGGGAUACGAGAGCGCCCCGUCGCUACGGAAACAGAGAGUCACUGAUGUCUGCAGAAACCUCACACACUCCAUCGGGAUGGAGAAGCAGUCUGAGUGUGUGCAGGGGUUUCUUUACACUGCCCUGAAGGCUGAGGUUGCUGUGGUGAUGCAAGAGAGGGAGGAUGGAGAAACGGCUGCUAAGCGACCCUGUCUACCCAUCACCCCCCUCGCCAGCAAGACCCCCGAAACUCCCCCGAUGGAGGUGGACAUGCGUGUGCGUAGUGAGGUGUGGGCGGCAGUGAGCGGCAGGCUGGAUGACCUUCUGGCUUCUCUGGUGAACUGUGACCUUGACCCGACGACCCCUGAGCCUGACGCUGACCCUCAGAUGACCCUGAGAGCUCUGGAGGGACUCGCUCUCAUCCUGCACCUGGCUGGCCUCUGUUACACACACACCAGCUCCUCCUCUCUCCUGUGGCUGUCUGCCUCCACUCUGGGCAGGGCUUUGGAAACCUGUCAAUCACUACUGGGUGGGGCUAAGUCUACCGCUGACCACGCCCAUAUACAGUCUGCCAUCCAGGUGGCUGUCAGAAUACUGGACUCCAUCAUCUACCUGACAAUGAGUAGCCCGGCUGAGGACAGUGGUCUCCAGAAUAGUGUGUGCGCGUUGCUGUCCGUGCCAUGGGUGUGUGAGCUGUCGUCUGUCCCAGCCUAUCAGAUGGCAGGAUUCCCCCCCAGCCUCCCCGACUUGGCUAAGAGAAUGUCUCCCUGCUACUCCCCCCAGGUCCAGGCGGAGUGUGUGUUGCUGCUGUCUCUGCUGCGUGGGGAUGUGUGUGUGUCGUGGCGUGUGUCUGUGUGUUCCCAGGCCCUGGAGAGUCCCCAUGAGGUGGUCAGGGCCAGUGCUGUCAGGAGCUUCCCUCUACUACUGCACCACGUGGGACACACACACCACAACCUGACACACACCACCUUAAUGAGUGUCCUGGAGGACAGCUCAGAGCAGGUGAGGGCGGAGCUAGCUGGUAUUUCUGGUCAGCUGACCUGCGUCCUAUCGGGGAGCUCCAAAUUAAAUGUCAAUCACAAGGAGCCCCUCCCACUACCCAUGAUCCUUUGCUCCCGCCUCGGCCUUGCAGCUGAGCAUGCUGGGAAGGGCACUCCCAUUGGAGCAUCCGUCAUCAAGCCUGUCCUACCUCUGCUACGACCGAGCAGCAGCAGUGUUGCCAAAAGAGCGUUCCUAGAUGCUCUGCCGCACCUCUGCCAGCAUGUCAACCUUGGAGGCAGAGACAGUGACUCUCUGGCCAUUCUGAGAGAUCUGAUUGGCCUAAUAGAAGACCCAGACCCGUCAGUCAGAACACUCUUCAGUCAAUCAGUUCGCUUCCUGCUGGCGGAGCCCACCUCCGAACCCGACCAGGAUCCAGUCAAGGAGCUGCUGGUGUCUCGUGUGAAGGAGGCGUUCAGUAAGGCUAAACUCAACAGAGACGACGAGCUACGCAGCACGCUCAUACUGACCACUGGAGAGAUUGGCAGGGCUGCUAAGGGUAGCUUGGUGUCGUUCUCUCUCCUGAGGUUACUGCACUGUCUCCUGUCCAAGUCUUCUCCUGUCUCUGUGUCAGCCUACACACAGAUCACUGCCCUGGCCACAGCUAGAGGACUCAAACUACAGACACUGUUCAGCCAGUACAAGAACCCUGUCUGCCAGUUCCUGGUAGAGUCUCUCCACUCGCGUCACGCCGGCGCCCUGCGGAGCACGCCAGAGCAAGGUAGCCAGCUAGCCAAUCAGAGAGAAGUAGCUCUGGACAUCCUGUCUCAGGUCGCCCACGCCUUUGACUUCCCUGACCUGCACCGCUUCCUCACGAGGACUCUCCAGGUGCUCCUCCCCUACCUGGCCGCGAAGGCCAGCGCCACAGGCUCCGCCCUCAUCAGGACGCUGGCCAAUGAGAUGAAAGCGAACCGGCGCGAGAUCCUGAUCAACAACUUUAAGUACAUCUUCAGCCACCUGGUGUGUUCCUGCACUAAGGAGGAGCUGGAGAGAGCCUUCCACUACCUCCAGAGAGAGACGGAGAUAGAGCUGGGCUCUCUGCUGAGGCAGGACUUCCAGGGCCUGCACAACGAGCUGCUGCUACGCCUGGGAGAACACUACCAACAAGUGUUUAAUGGUCUGGCCAUCCUGGCCUCAUUUGCCUCCAAUGACGACCCGUACCAGGGACCCCGUGACAUCACCACCCCGGAACACAUGGCUGACUACCUCCAGCCCAAGCUGCUGGGCAUCCUGGCCUUCUUCAACAUGCAGCUGCUGAGCUCCAGUGCUGGGGAGAAGGACGGUAAGAAGAUGGCCCUGACCAGCCUGAUGGCCCUGAUGAAGCUGAUGGGCUCCAAACACACCAGCUCAGUCCGAGUCAAGAUGAUGACCACACUACGGACUGGACUACGAUACAGACAAGACUUCCCUCUGCUCUGCUGCCAGACGUGGGAGUGUUUUGUGCGUACGGUAGAGCCAGCCCACCUGGGGCCGUUGCUCAGUCAUGUGAUCGUGGCGCUUCUUCCGCUGAUACCACUCCAGCCCAGAGAGACUGCUGCUAUAAUACACUACCUCAUACUGGACAACAGGGAAGAGGUGCAGGACUAUCUCCAUGAAAUCUACUUCCUGCCAGACCACCCUGAACUCAAAGACAUACACACUGUCCUGCAGGACUACAAGAAGUUGACGUCCAGGACCAGUGACCUGGCUGCAGGCCUACAGCUCUCCAUGAGGGCUGUCCAACACGAGAACCUGGACGUCAGAGUUCACGCUCUGACCAGCCUCAAGGACAUGAUGCACAGCAACCAGGAGUGGUUGCUGCGACAGGUGUGUGCGUCGGAGGCGGUAGAGCCAGUCAUCUCCUCAUUGGUCUCAGUGUUACUGCGAGGUUGUCAGGACUCUUCCCCGACGGCCAGGCUGCUGUGUGGGGAGUGUCUGGGGGAGCUGGGGGCCGUGGACCCUGGACGGCUGGACCUCUCUCACACACACACACACGGAAGCAGCAACACCUUCGUGAGUGGGGUGGAGGAGAGUAACUUUGCCUAUGAACUACUGACGGAGCUGACCAGGACUUUCUUGGCGUAUGCUGAUGAUGUCAGAGCACAGGACUCGGCAGCCUAUGCAAUGCAGGAGCUGCUGUCUAUAUUUGAGUGUCGUGAGGGCCGUAGUGACUCCCCUGGUCGACGGCUGUGGAGGAGAUUCCCUGAACAAGUCCAAGAGAUACUGGAGCCUCAUCUCAACAGCAGGUAUAAGAGCAGUCAAAAGGUGGUGAACUGGUCCAAGGUGAAGAAGCCUGUCUACCUCAGCAGCCGAGGAACCAAGUUCUCUGAUUGGUCAGCUACCUGGGCCGGAUACCUCAUCAGCAAGGUGAGACAUGAGUUGGCCAGCAAGGUGUUCACCUGUUGCAGUUUCAUCAUCAAACACGACUACAAAGUUACCAUCUACCUGCUGCCCCAUAUACUGCUUUACAUGCUGAUGGGCUGCACUGCUGUUGAACAAGGAGAGGUAACAGAGGAAAUGCUGGCUGUGCUCACAGAGGGUGAUGGGCGUGGUGGGCAUGUCCAGGAGGCCUCAUCUAGCCUUUCACAGCUCAGUACUCAGAACCAGGAAGCAACGUCCAGCCUAUCACAGCUGAGCACCCAGACGGUGUUCAGUAUGCUGGCUCACCUCACCCAGUGGAGCCGACACACACUGUCGGCUAGACUCAAACACAGCGAAAGUGGUGACUACCAGCGAGUGGUAGCGUUUCUAAAAGGGAUCCCUCAGGACGUGUUAGCCAAGGCCUCUCUACGGUCUAAAGCCUACACCAGAGCCCUGAUGCACUUUGAGGCUUACAUACUGGAGAACAAAGAGGACAUCCAGGAUCAUCUGCGCUUCCUACAGACGCUGUACGCGGCCAUGCACGAACCAGACGGUGUGAGGGGUGCGAACGCUCUCCGGCGGGAAGAGCCGUCCCUACGGGAACAGAUUCUAGAACACGAGAGCAUCGGGUUGCUAAGAGACGCUACGGCCUGCUACGACCGGGCCAUACAGCUGGAGUCCGACCAGAUAGGACACUACCAUGGGGUGAUGAGUUCUAUGCUGGGGCUGGGACAGCUCUCUACUGUCGUCACACAGGUCAAUGGAGUCCUGGCCAACAGGCCCCAGUGGAAGUCUGAUCUGAACACCUACAGGGUGGAAGCUGCCUGGAAGCUCAGCAAGUGGGACCUCCUGGAGGACUACCUGGGCUCUGAUCGUAAGUCCAGCACGUGGGGUGUGAGGCUGGGUCAGAUGCUGCUAGCGGCUAAGCGGCGCGACGCGGAGACGUUCUACGACAAACUGAAGCUGGUCAGGACAGAGCAGGUGGUGCCUCUAGCUGCUGCUAGCUAUGAGACUGGGACCUACCAGAGAGGAUACGAAUACAUCGUCAGGCUCCACAUGCUGAGUGAGUUGGAGCAUGCCUUCACUGACCUUCAGAGACAGAGAGAAGGCCAUGCCCCUAGCACAGCCACACUGCCCUCCCAUUGGCCAGAUCGGCUGGAGAUGACCCAGAAUUCUUUCCGCGCAAAAGAGCCAAUCCUGGCCCUGCGGCGAGCCCUGCUGAGCAUCGGCUCAGGUGUGUGUGAGGGGCUGGUCGGGGAGUGCUGGUUGCAGAGUGCCCGGGUGGCCAGGAAGGCAGGACAUCACCAGACAGCCUUCAACGCUCUGCUGAACGGACAGAACACACACACUGCCGAACUACUGACAGAGAAGGCCAAGUGGCUAUGGUCCAAGGGAGAUGUCCACCAGGCAUUGAUAGUUCUCCAGAAGGGAGUGACUCAGUGUUUCCCAGUCGACCAGCCUCUCUCAGACCAGAGGAGUCUUCAGACCAAAGGUAAAGCCAUGCUUCUGGUGGGACGCUUCAUGGAGGAGACAGCCAACUUUGAGUCCAACGCCAUCAUGAAGGCCUACAGGGAUGUGACCACCCUGCUACCAGAGUGGGAGGACGGUAACUUCUACCUGGCUAAAUACUAUGACAAGUUAAUGCCCAUGGUGACAGACAACAAGCUGGAGAAACAGGGCAAUCUCAUACGAUACAUCGUCACCUUCUUUGGCAAAGCUCUGCAGUUUGGGAACCAGUACAUCUAUCAGGCCAUGCCUCGGAUGCUGUCUCUCUGGCUGGACUUCGGGGCCAAAGUCUACGAGUAUGAGAAAGGUAACAGUGUGUUGGUCAGUGAGGGGGAGAAAG